CCAAAGCCGAUGUGCCGGCACUCGGGUGUGUGCCUCGGCUGGCAUUAGCACAAGGGCUAAUGGAGUUCCUGCUUGCCGGAGUAGCUGCCUGUGGAGCGUGCCUCUUCACCAACCCUCUGGAGGUGGUUAAGACUCGGAUGCAGCUCCAAGGCGAGUUGCAGCGCCGGGGCUCCUACCAGCUGCACUACCGCAACGUCUUCCACGCCACCUACACCAUCUGGAAGGUGGACGGAUGGCCGGCGCUGCAGAAAGGACUCCUGCCCGCGCUCGUCUACCAGUUCUGCAUGAAUGGUAUCCGCCUGGGCACCUACUCCAUCAUUGAGGACUCAGGCUACACUUCCACCAGGGAUGGCAGGAUCAGCGGGCUCAGGAGUACCGUGUCAGGGGCACUGGCAGGGGUCACAGGGGCAAUCUUGUCCAGUCCCAUCUACCUGGUGAAGACACAUCUCCAGGCACAAUCCACCUCUACUAUAGCUGUUGGUCACCAGUAUAAACAUGAGAGACUUGGUCUCAUUUUUCCAGAGACAGCAAAGAAUGGGUAUGUAUUUUUGGGGGAAAGGUUUACGGCAGUGAAUGGAUAUUUGGAGCCAUCUGGCUGUGUGAAAUUUCUUACUGAUGUUAUCCUGUGA